ACUGAAGCGUAACUUCAAAUCAACCACUAGAGUUGAUUCUGUGUUUCUGAGAGGGAUGUUGUAGAUCUGUAUAUAUGCUGGAUGGUGGUGAAAAUGGCGAAGAGCUGCUUUGGUUGAUGGUGAAGGCAUGUGGAAGACUGUCGAGGAGUUUCUCUCACACGGAUGGAGUAAUAUCAAGUACUGGAGGUGGCGGUGACCAUCAGUGUUUUGAAGGGUGUUGUGUUUGAAUGUUUUAUGUGACAAAUUUUGUCCAAAGGCGAAAGAUUUCCUCGGGGUUUUCGUUCUUGGAGCUCGGCUGUGUCGAUGAGUGGUUGAAGGAGUCCGGACCUGCAAGAUUAACACUGCAGCCACAGCUUGUCCAAGAUGGGUUCCGCCAGUAUCAUAGUCAUCGGCGCCAGUACUGUGUUCUAUCUAAUUUCCUUCGGUCUCGCCCUCGGAGCUAUGGCGAGACGAAGCCAGGGGGAUCUCACGGUAGUUGAUGAGGAUCUAGGCACCUUGAAAUGCCAGUACACCACAGACAUCGCAACUGGAUUCGCUGCUGGCUCUUUCGUUUUCCUGCUGGUCGCCCAGGUGUUAGUCAUGAUUGUCACAAAGUGUCUUUGCUGUGGGAGUGGCUACAAACCAGGAGGUGCCCGCUUAUUGGGCGUUAUAUUGUUUAUCUUCUCAUGGAUCGCUUUCAUAAUCGCCUCGUCAGCUCUUCUCGCAGGAGCAAGCCAGAACAAAAUCCAAACCAAGCGCCUGUACGAUCCAAGCGAGGGUAAUAUUACUUGCAAGGAAGUUCAAAAGAGCUUGUUCGCAGCGGCGUCUGCCUUUACUUUCAUCACCAUGGUGAUGACGGAGAUUUACUAUGUUGUCAUUUCGGGAGCUCGAGAGGAUAAAACAUCGUUUGGUCCAUCCGUGGGCAUGUCUGCCUACACUUGAAAGCUCUGGAUCUGUAGAAUCCUAGAGCUCAAUCAAUUUUUUGCUUCAAUUCCCUCAUUUCUACAGCUUCUUGGGAAGUAAGAAUGUGUAUUUGAGCUGGUGAGGAUGGAGGUGUACCUCAUACCUUCAUGAAUUAACUGGACUUCAACCAACAUACUGCUCUCUUCCUUUUCUUUCGCUCAUUAAUCACAGGAAAACAUUCAAUGUCCCUCAAUAGACAUAUCUAUUUGGAGAUGGUUCAAUGCUUGACUUCUUGAACAUUCAUAUGUGUUUAAACAUGUCUUUGCUGAACAAUGUAGUCUUUUUUCUAAAUUGAAUCAACCAUUUGUAAUAUGGGCAUAUACCCAGCUA